AUGUCGGAUCUACGAUACACGGCAGCUUCGCAGCUGGAGCAUCUGCAUAGCAGAUACACUGGCACCAUCAACGCCGACACCGAGAAGUACGAAUGGCUCACACAUCAGCUGAGGGACACAAGCUCUUCAAUUGUUGGACAUCCACCCCUGCUGUCCUACAAUGCGCUCGCCGAUGGAGAAUGCAAGGCCCGCGUCAAGUUUGAACUCACCGAGAAAAUGCUGCAGCCUUGCGGCCCGCCUCCGCUAAAGGAAGACGAUUGA